AUGUUGACAGCGGCUCUCGCAGCAGCAGCGCACGUUUACGUGAGUGAGUUUCUGCUCGACAAACCAAAGCUAGCUAGCAGCAGCAGCAGCCGCAGCAGCAGCAGAAGCAGCCGCAGCAGCAGCAGCAGCAGCAAGAGCAGCAGCAGGGUGAACAGCUGCAGCAGCAGUUGUUGUCGUGGUAGCCCGCUGCACCUCUUGCGGCAGUCUACCGGGGAAGCCACUGCAGCAGCACUGACAGCAGAAGAUGGGCUAUUCUGCGCAGCCCCAAAAGUAGAAGAAGUUCCCACUAGUGCUGCUGCUGCUGCUGCUGCUGCGCUCACUCGGCAGCAGCAGACGCCGAAGCUGCUGCAGCAGCAGCAAGUAGAAACGCCGCCUUGCUGCUGGAGAGUUAGACAACAACUCCAGCAGCUGCUCCUGCUGCAGCAGCAGCAGCAGCAGCAGCAACAGCAGCUGGGUCUGCAUCUGUUCUGCUGUUUGUGCGUCGUUUGGGGGAUUUUGGAAUAUCAAGCGUUUGCUGCCCGGCAGCAGCAGCAGCAGCAGCAGCAGCAGCAGCAGCAGCUGCUGCAGCACUGGGACGCCAUCACAACAGAGCGGCUUGCAUCUGCAUGUGCAUGUGAUUUCGGGUGUGAUGCCCUGCCACUGAUACUAGGCCACUGGAAACAGCAGCAGCAGCAGCAGCGGCAGCAGCAGCAGCAGCAGCAGCGGCAGGAAGGCAGCAGCAGCAAGGCAGCAGCAGCAGGCCCGUUUUCUUCUAAGGCCUUGCCUGAAGCUCCUGCCAGCCAUCUGCGGAAGCUGCAGCAGCAGCAGCAGCAGCAGCAGCAGCAGCAGCAGCAGCUGGUGCUGCUCGGCGACCUCUUUUGGGUUUAG